AUGGCGAAACUACAUAAUUAUUAUGUUCUGUGUCCACUUAUUGAUCAACACAGUUUCCUGGGAGUGUCCCAAGAUAGAGAACAAGAAAACGUUAUAGUUACUUUAGGCCGUAAUGUUGUAAAUAAAUACAGACUUUCAGACCAAAAGCAGAUUGGUGGAUGGACUUCGAAAGACCACCUUACAUCUGCUGUGAUAUACGACAAGGAACAAGCCGCUUAUGUUGGUGUUUUUAACAAAAACACUUUAAAAAUAUGGAAAGAAGAUUCAGAUAACUUGGAUAAAAUAAAAAAGUAUAAGUUUCCAAUAAAUAUUUUAAAACUUCUGCCUAGAGGAGAUCAGCCAUCAUUGAUAAUAUUUCAAAAUGGCAACUGUGCAUCCCUUACAUAUGCACUUGAUAAUAGAAAGUCAUAUGAUAGCAAAUUACUGGUUAAAGAGUCUGAAACAAUUUUAGAUACAGCAGUGUAUACAAUACAGAAUACAGAUUACAUUUGUUAUGUCAUUAAAAAUAGCAAAGACAGCUAUGAAAUGAUAACCUGUCCUGUAAGGGAAGAACUUGGUGAUAUGGAAAAGUCUAAACUGAGUAGAACAAAAGUAGUAAGGCCUGAUGAUGUGUAUGUUGUUGGAGAGCUUAUAAACACUAUUGAUAAUCUUUCUGUUUAUUUUCUAUGGAAUGAUGGAAAAAUCACCAUGUAUGAUUUAGUAAAGAAAAUAUGGAGGACUAUUGGCACAGUCCCUUGGAUUUCUACUUUGUCAAGUGUGUCAAUUGCUUGGAUGGGAGAAGACCAUCUAAUUCUAUUUGGUGGCAACAUUGACCAAGACGGAGCUAUUAUUGUAGCAUAUAAUAUCAUCCUUGGUGUAGGGACAUGCAGAUAUCCUAUGAAAAUGUACUCUGAACAUGCUAAGUUAUACUGUUUCAAUGGCCGUAUCAUCCUUGAAGCAUCAAAUCACAUAGGAAUGUUACCUUAUGUUUUAGAAACUAAUAGAAAUUUAUCUAGCCUUUUAGGUUCACAUGAAAUAGUAGAAGAUAAUAGCACAGAAAUUGCAGAUUGGGAUACUCCGGUAGAACCUGCAUUUGAAGUGGCAUCAGAAGUCAAAGAUUUAUUGAAAAUUGGUAUGACUGAAAGGGCCAUGUGUGCCCAAGUAAUACCACCAUUACUAGAAAAAAGUGACUAUCAACAUGUUUUUAAAGUCAUAAGAGAAUUCCAAGACAUACCUGAGUCAGUGUUAGUUUUGUUACUUAAUUAUACAAUUAAGUUAGUGUACCCGGACAGUAUAGACAUUACAAAUCAAGAUGAAUUUAUCAAAUUUUGUCAUGGUGAAUACAAAUCAAAAAAAGAAAAUACAAUUCAUAAACAAAAAUUUGAAUUAUUGAACUAUCUGUUUCAAAUUACUUUUAGUGAUGCUUUAUUGAUACCCCAUAUGAGAAAUGGCUUGAAAUUAGAUGAUGCAUUGUUUUUGAUGACAUAUAUAUCAUAUUUACUCAUAGAUUCAGAUAAAAGUAUCGAUACAGCCUACGAAAGUAAGUUGUUUGACUGGUGCACUGUACUCAUGGAUGCCUUUUACCAGCAGUAUUUGUUAACAAAGGAUGAAAAAGUGUCUUACGUCUUAGAUAAUAUGCAAAAAGUUGUUGUAAAUCUUAUUGAUCAAUUGAUGGCCGUUGAUGAUACUUUACCAUUGUUACACAAAAUAUUGUCAGGUAAAAAAUUAGAUGCAAAUGAAAAUUCUUUGUCUUAUGCCAUUGAAUUAAUUGAAAUA